AACUAUUGGUUGGAAGAACAGCCAAUGAGAGAGCCUGUUACUAGUCUGCGUACUGAGGUGUAAGGGGAUCGCUUUGGGCCUGAAGCCUUAGGCGGCCUGGUGGUUUUAGCACGAUGAGCUCAAUCGGCACUGGGUAUGACCUGUCAGCCUCUACAUUCUCUCCUGAUGGAAGAGUUUUUCAAGUUGAAUAUGCUAUGAAGGCUGUGGAAAAUAGUAGUACAGCUAUUGGAAUCAGGUGUAAAGAUGGCGUUGUCUUUGGGGUGGAAAAAUUAGUCCUUUCUAAACUUUAUGAAGAAGGAUCCAACAAACGACUUUUUAAUGUUGAUCGGCAUGUUGGAAUGGCAGUAGCAGGUUUGUUGGCAGAUGCUCGUUCUUUAGCAGACAUUGCAAGAGAAGAGGCUUCCAACUUUAGGUCUAACUUUGGAUAUAACAUUCCACUAAAACAUCUUGCAGACAGAGUGGCCAUGUAUGUACAUGCCUAUACCCUCUACAGUGCUGUUAGACCUUUUGGCUGCAGUUUCAUGUUGGGGUCUUACAGUGUGAAUGAUGGUGCACAACUCUACAUGAUUGACCCAUCGGGUGUUUCAUAUGGUUAUUGGGGCUGUGCCAUUGGCAAAGCCAGGCAAGCUGCAAAGACAGAAAUUGAAAAGCUUCAGAUGAAAGAAAUGACCUGCCGUGAUGUUGUUAAAGAAGUUGCAAAAAUAAUUUACAUAGUACAUGAUGAAGUUAAGGAUAAAGCUUUUGAACUAGAGCUCAGCUGGGUUGGUGAAAUAACAAAAGGAAGACAUGAAAUUGUUCCAAAAGAUAUAAGGGAAGAGGCAGAGAAAUACGCUAAGGAAUCUUUGAAGGAAGAAGAUGAAUCAGAUGAUGAUAACAUGUAACACCUACUUCAGCAUCUAUUUUAAAUUUCUAAUACAGUCCCGUGUAUUAUUCAGCCCUGUGGAUUACUAUAUACCCACUACCAGUUUUCAUUAAAUUCUUGUCUUAUAACA